GGAGGUGGGCAAGAUGGCGCCCGGCGAGUGAUUCAGCCUGGUUACGUCCAGCGGCCGCUGAGACUUCGGGGCGGGGGGUUCUGCCUCCCCUGCCGCCCUUCCUCCUCUCCCCCGCCCCCGGAGACCCCCUGUUACCCUUCCUCCCUCUACCUCGGGGUGGGGGUGGGGGAGCGGGCCUGGUUCCUGGGACACCAUGUCGGACUCUGAGGAGGAGAGCCAGGACCGCCAACUGAAAAUCGUCGUGCUGGGGGACGGCACCUCCGGGAAGACCUCCUUAGCUACGUGUUUUGCUCAAGAAACUUUUGGGAAACAGUACAAACAAACUAUAGGACUGGAUUUCUUUUUGAGAAGGAUAACAUUGCCAGGGAACUUGAAUGUUACUCUCCAAGUUUGGGAUAUAGGAGGACAGACAAUAGGAGGCAAGAUGUUGGAUAAAUAUAUCUAUGGAGCACAGGGAAUCCUCUUGGUAUAUGAUAUUACAAAUUAUCAAAGCUUUGAGAAUUUAGAAGACUGGUAUUCUGUGGUGAAGAAAGUGAGCGAGGAGUCAGAAACUCAGCCACUGGUUGCCUUGGUGGGCAAUAAAAUUGAUUUGGAACAUAUGCGAACAGUAAAACCUGAAAAACACUUACGGUUUUGCCAGGAAAAUGGUUUUAGUAGCCACUUUGUCUCAGCAAAGACAGGAGACUCUGUCUUCCUGUGUUUUCAGAAAGUUGCUGCUGAAAUCCUUGGAAUCAAAUUAAACAAAGCAGAAAUAGAACAGUCACAGCAUAUUGUCAGGGCAGAAAUAGUGAAGUACCCGGAAGAAGAUAAUCAACAUACCAACUCUGCUCAGAGUAGAAUCUGUUCAGUACAGUAGUGCAGGUAUUAAGGGGUAAAUUGAUUGCAUUUGGGGGGAGGAGGGAGGGAGAACUGGUAGAUGCUGUCUUGCUCUUUAUUCCUUAUGAGUAGAGAAGUUCAAAUGAUUAUUGUACAUGAUUGGAAGUUAGUAUUGUUAAUUGUAAGUCCUGUUUUAGAACUUUGAAAAAUUGGUUAUUUGCCAGGAGACCGACAAACAAGAAAUUGGGACAAUUUAAAAUAACAUUUCAGUUACUUUCAAACAUAUUUGUCCUUAUGGUUGUGUUUAUCACAUGUGCAGUGAAGUGAAGAAUGCAAUGGUUAUUCCCAUUUUUCUUGAAGCAGCGUGGUAAUUGAAAGAGUAUUUUUAAAAUUUGCCUUGAAUUACCUUUCUUUGUCUGCUUCUGUGUACAGAUUUAGUAAAAGAGUUUGGAAUAGUGAAGGAGCUGUUUUAAUUUAAAUUAUUACUUGGGGCAUAUUACUAAAUUCAUCAUCGAAGAUAUUCCUUGAAGUGUGGGUUAGAGGGAUGAAAAGAAGAGUUAAAAGUGUCUUUUGGUUUAAAUUAUUUAAAAAAAAACAUGAAUAUGAGGUGAUUUUCUAAAUUUUUCAUUCUAUAUUUUGUUAGAGUUUUUAUUCAUAACCCAAUAGUGAGCUCUUUGGUAGUAAAUUAGGGAUUUGGGAGGAAAGUUAUAAAAACUGGAAAAGUUUUAAAAAUUGGGUUGCUCAAAACAUUUCUCCUUUGUGUGUGACUCCUAUUUAACAUUUACACAUUUCUUACUAACUCACAGAUUGCUGCAGAUACUCUAAAAAAGUUAUGGCUGGGCAUAAUGGUUUAUUUAAAUAUUAAUAAAUGAUGACAUAUUUUACUUUGAAAUUAUGAUGUCUUGCCUGUGAAUUAAAAUAUGUGAAUGAUUAAUUCUCAUUCCUUUGCUUUAAAUUAUAACCAGGGUUUAAUUUUUCAUAUUUAUUUGUCAGUUAUAUUUUAGACUUCUUGUAACCUCAAGUUAAUGUCAUAAAACCAGGGAAGACUCAGUAAAGGAAUUGGUCUUCCAUCCUUAAAAAACAAAACCAAAAAACAAACCCAAGUCCCUCACUCUCCAACAUCUCAGCUCUCCAACAGUUUGUCCUGAUUGAUUCUUUUAAUAUCAGUUCUGGCUUCAUUUAUGAUGUCUGUCAUCAGGAGUUCACCAAAGUUCAGAAAAUAAAAAUAUACUUCAACGAGCUCUUUCUAAAUGUUCUGAUGUUCUGAUAAUAACU